GACACACGAUAAUUUUUAUUAGAUUUAGCGCAUAAAAAACAUUAGAAGGAAUCCUCAGAAAAGAAAGCAAAUCGGUUUCUUGAUUAAAAGACUCCAGCCCUUUGCACAAAAAUUUUAAUAUGAUCGAAAAGGGCACAUUUGUGAUUAGCGGUUAAACCUUUAUCAAAUUCUUUCUCGAACUUCUAGGCCAUUUUACUACAAUAGUGUGUGGCAUCAUUGCUCACAAAACUUGAUUGCGUUUUGGAAGUCUACAUUCUUUCAUUUGUUUAUAUGUCGCAGUUAAAAUGGGAGUUGCAGGCAAUAUUUCUACUUUGAUGCCAGAGAAAAAUGAGAAUUGAUUUGUCGAGCGAACUAUAACCUGUUAAUUGCUAGCAAUCAUGUGCAGCAGAAAUAAUUUAAUAAAUAAUGCACAAUGAACCGUUAACUGUCGAACUGAUGGUGGGAAACGCUCGAAUGUCUCCGGCGUGAAGUUAGUUGCUUCUCACCAUCUGAGAUAACCGGUCGGCGGUCGGUGGCCUGUCAUUCGCGGUGUCAACAAAAUUGUGCUGAAGUGAUAACUGUACUGAGGACCGGCUAGUUGUUCGUGGGAAUAUCCGUGUUGCCUUGCCUUUUAAAUAAGAACCAGUCAUGGCGGGCAACUUUUGGCAGAGUUCGCAUGCUCAGCAAUGGAUCCUUGACAAGCAGGAUUUAAUCCGCGAACGGCAAUAUGACUUGCAAUCCCUGACCGAAGAUGAGUACCAGAAAGUCUUCAUCUUCUUCGCAAACGUUAUUCAAGUCCUUGGAGAGCAACUGAAAUUACGGCAGCAAGUUAUCGCGACGGCAACGGUUUAUUUUAAACGUUUCUAUGCGAGGAAUUCACUAAAGACAAUAGACCCGCUACUCCUGGCUCCGACGUGUAUACUGCUUGCAUCGAAAGUGGAAGAGUUCGGCGUUAUUUCGAAUUCCCGGUUGAUAUCCACCUGCCAGACAGUGAUCAAGAAUAAAUUCAGUUACGCGUACCAGCAAGAGUUUCCGUACCGCACGAAUCACAUUCUGGAAUGUGAGUUCUAUUUGCUGGAGAACUUGGACUGCUGCCUCAUUGUCUACCAGCCUUACAGGCCACUCUUGCAACUAAUUCAAGAUAUCGGGCAGGAGGAUCAAUUGCUAACGCUAACAUGGCGGAUAAUCAACGAUUCGCUGAGGACGGACGUUUGCCUGCUAUAUCCGCCAUAUCAGAUCGCUAUUGGCUGCCUACAAAUAGCAGCCGUGAUUCUGGGAAAGGAAAAUUCCAUGAAAUCUUGGUUCGCGGAAUUGAACGUUGAUAUGGACAAAGUGCAGGAAAUUGCUCGUGCUAUCAUUACCUUGUUUGAACUUUGGAAAGACUGGAAGGAGAAGGAUGAGAUCCAGUCGCUGCUCGGAAAAAUUCCAAAGCCUAAGCCAGCCCCGCAGCGGUAACAUCAUUCCAUCUGAAAGGAGACCCGAUGAGCGCCGAAUCAUCACCAGGUUUAGUUUUUUAUUUUAAUUUUAAUUUUAAAUAUUGUAUCGGAUAAACCUUGUGGCGUUCGUACACGUCGAAUCAAUGGUUCAUAGUUUAAGAGAGAUUAGGCUGCAUUUAGACUGAAGCUGUCCAAUAGAACCCAUUUGUAUGUCAAGUCCUUCCAUUAAAUUAGUGUUUUUACAAGUUCA